AUGGCCGCAUCCACGAGCACAACUGUUCCCACUCUGUUGGCGAAGGACUACCUACCUGUGCCUAUCAACGAUGAAGAGCGCGCAGCAUUCGUAGCACUAGAACCAGCCGGCUUCACGAUCCGUCACCCACCUGCACCCCACGACCUAGACACCUUCAUAACACCAGAUGACAAGCUCUUCCAGACAAUCCACAUUGGCGCCGCCGUCGUCGAUCCAUCCAAAUGGCACCUCGUGAUCACCGGCCUAGUCGAGCACCCCUUUGCCCUUAACCUCGAGCAGCUUCGGACAAUGCCCAGACACACCAUCACGGCCUUCCACGAAUGCUACGGUAGUCCUCUCAAACCCGCCACCGAAGCACUCUGGCGCAUCGGCAACGUCCAAUGGACAGGCGUCCCACUCGCAUACCUCCUCGGCCUCGCCAGCCCUCUGACCAACGCCUCGCACAUCUGGUCCGAAGGCCUAGACCGCGGCUCCUUCGCCGGGGUAAACGCAGAUAGAUACCAGAAAGACCUGCCGAUCGCCAAAGCUUUCAGUUCGGAGGUAUUGGUAGCGUACGAGAUCAAUGGGCGCCCGCUUGGUAAAGAGCGAGGGGGCCCUGUGAGAUUGGUUGUGCCGGGUUGGUUUGGCACGAAUUCUACAAAGUGGUUGUCUAAGCUCACGGUGCAGGAUUGUCGUGCGAUGGGGCCGUUUACGACGGUACUCUAUAAUGAGGUUGAUCCUGAGGGGCCUGAGGGAAGUAUGAGGCCGGUUUGGCAGGUUGAGAUUAAUUCUAUGAUUACGAGGCCGGGAACGGGCGUCAUCGUCGAGGGCCCUGAGGUGCUCAUUGAAGGUUGGGGCUGGGAUGCUGAGCCUGUUGAAUGUGUGGAUGUUAGCGUCGACGGUGGUGAGACUUGGGAGGCUGCUCGUGUUGAGCCACGAGUUGAUAUGAGCUGGCAACGCUUUCUUCUGCGUCUGAAUCUGCAGCCUAGGAGGUACACGGCUAUCGCUCGAGCUACAAGUGCUGAUGGGAAGGUGCAGCCGUUCAAGGGACGGCGGAAUCAUUGUCAUAGCGUCAGUUUUGAGAUUGUGCCUCUGGGUGAGUCAAGGUGA